AGAGAAGAGGAACCUCUCCCUUGGGGGCCAUGUUGGCUUUGACAGCCUCCCGGAUCAGCUGGUCAGCAAGUCUGUCACGCAGGGCUUCAGCUUCAACAUCCUCUGUGUGGGUGAGACCGGCAUUGGGAAGUCCACACUAAUGAAUACACUCUUCAAUACCACGUUUGAGACCGAAGAAGCCAGCCACUACGAGAGCGCGGUUCGCUUGCGGCCACGGACCUACGACCUGCAGGAGAGCAACGUGCACCUGAAACUGACCAUCGUGGAUGCGGUUGGAUUCGGGGAUCAGAUAAAUAAAGACGAAAGUUACAGGCCGAUAGUUGAGUACAUUGAUACGCAGUUUGAAAAUUAUUUGCAAGAAGAGCUGAAAAUCCGCCGUUCUCUGUUCAACUAUCAUGACACGAGGAUCCACGUCUGCCUGUACUUCAUCACCCCCACCGGGCACUCCCUCAAGUCCUUGGACCUGGUGACAAUGAAGAAGCUGGACAGCAAGGUGAACAUUAUCCCGAUCAUUGCCAAAGCAGACACCAUCUCCAAGAGCGAGUUGCACAAGUUUAAGAUAAAGAUUAUGAGCGAGCUGGUCAGCAAUGGCGUGCAGAUCUAUCAGUUCCCCACAGACGACGAAGCAGUGGCUGAGAUCAACUCUGUGAUGAAUGCUCAUCUGCCCUUUGCUGUGGUUGGCAGCACAGAGGAGGUGAAGGUGGGGAACAAGCUGGUGAGAGCUCGGCAGUACCCGUGGGGAGUGGUGCAAGUUGAGAAUGAAAGUCACUGUGACUUUGUGAAACUGCGAGAAAUGCUGAUCCGAGUCAACAUGGAGGAUCUUCGGGAGCAGACCCACACCCGCCACUACGAGCUGUACCGGAGGUGCAAACUGGAGGAGAUGGGCUUCAAGGACACGGACCCAGACAGCCAGCCCUUCAGCCUGCAAGAAACAUAUGAGACCAAAAGAAAAGAAUUCUUGGGUGAGCUCCAGAAGAAAGAGGAAGAAAUGAGACAAAUGUUUGUUAACAAAGUCAAGGAGACGGAGGCAGAGCUGAAGGAGAAGGAGAGAGAGCUGCAUGAGAAGUUUGAGCACCUGAAAAGGAUACACCAGGAAGAGAAAAGGAAGGUGGAAGAGAAGAGGAGAGAGCUGGAGGAAGAGAUGAACGCCUUCAACAGGCGGAAAGUAGCGGUGGAAACCUUGCAGUCCCAAUCCUUGCAGGCUACCUCACAGCAGCCGCUGAAGAAGGACAAAGACAGGAAAAAUUAAUCACACACAGACUUUCAGGCCAAGAGUGGACUUGGUGCUUUCAUGUGUUUAAGUUGCUUGAGUUCCCCACCCCGUGACCCUUCUCAUAACAUUGUGUGCGUGGACCAAAGCGAAAGAGACCACGAGCAUCUCCAGUGGUUGCUGUGUCACGACUUGCUGUGAUCUGUGCUGUGUUUGAGGACGUAACCUUAACUGUGUAAAUGCUUCUAAACAACAUCAACUCAUCCCCAAAGUGAGACGUCCUGUCCUGAGCCCAGCAGCUGUGUGUCAGGCGUCUGCAGCAGUUGGCCUGAGCUCCCCUUACCCAGCAGCUGAAUGCUUACUCCCUAGAUUUCGUUUGAUUGUCAUUGGUUAUGGGGACUGUUCGAGCCAUUGCUCCGCUGUUUCUCUCCCUCUGAAGGUGCUCAGAUGUGAGGAGUGGUUUGAAGGAUGCCGAAACGUUUAUUUUUCUAACAAAAUCCCGGAUUUGAAUAAAUUUAGAACAGGGGCAAAGCCCAGAGCUCAGAAUCUCCGCCCUGGGAACCUUGGUCCAAAUCGCCCCUGUCCCCUAAUUAUAUAUUUUAAUCCUGAAUUUCUCUAUAGACAUAUUCUUCCUCAUUUAUAAUAUAUAUACAUAUAUAUAUAUAUAUAUAUAUAUAAUAAAAAGAGAGUAGUUAAUAAACUCACGGGACGUUUUUUUUCUUUACCGCUGAAGUUAGAAUUUCUAUAUAGAAGGGUUUCCCAUACGUGUGUGUUGUGUCCUGUGGAGCUACAGGAGCUGUGGCACUUCUCACUUAGCAGCACAAUUCACUGCCCUGGAAAAACUUUUGAAGCAGUCAUCUUUCCUUUGAGGUUGUUAAAGAGGAAAUAGCCAUAAGCACACACGUGCUGAGGAGAUCCCUGACCGUGAGCUGUGCUGCUUCUAUGGCAUCCAUCUCAUUGCUUUGUGAUAGACAGAACACAGCUGCACAGAGGCAGUGUUCUCAAGGAAAAAGGGUCAGACCCAAUUCCAUCAGACAGCAAAUGGAACAGCUAUUAAAUACCAGCGCUGCACAGUGUCCUUGGAGUUCCAGCAAACACUGGCUGUGGCUGAGUAUUUGGUGGGAGCGUGUGCAUUUCUAUUUAGGCAUUAAUGUUCAAGGAUUUCUCUCAUGAUUUUUCCUUAAAGCCCCAUCCUUAUGCUGAGCUUUGGCUCGGAGGUGCAGCUGUCUGAAGGGCACGAUGCUGGUUGAGGCUUGUCCCACUGAAGCAACUCUUUCAUUUUUCCUAAAUACGUGCUCAGGUGUGUAACUGCUUUCAUACGGACGCUGUCCCUCUCUGUGGGUGCACUGCCAGUCCUGUUUGUGUGACUUGGUGUGAAAGAACCUCUCACAGUGCCCUCUGGAAUGGACCACGUGCAGAGAUGCACGCAGGCUGCAUCAGCUGAUGGCUGAGCACGGGGCUGCCCGGGCUGUGCUGCUGAGAUGUGUUUUGUGGAGUAGCCAUCGUACUAAGAGAGCCGAUGUGGUUUUUAUUAAGGGAACAUACCAAGAACACAGCCGACGGUUACGUACAGGAGAACAGCUCCAACUCACCAUUGACUCAGUCUGCUCAUGCAGCGAAUCAGGGGCACAAUUUUGAUUAUUGCUAAUGAGAGAAACUCUGGUGUGCUAAUUGCUUGUGUCAGCAGGGCUGUGCUGGAGCUGUUCUGCUUCUCAGGGCCAAUGCUCCCGAGGGCUGGAACAGAGCUCUGACCACACUGCAAACCUUGCCAUGCUUUUCCACUCAAUAUUUUUUCCUGAUCUUGUGCUGCAGCCAAUAAGAUCUAUGCAAAUACUUUCUUUCUCCGCUGGCUCAGCAGAAAUCUAUCUUUUUCCUCAGGAUAAGAGAGAGUUAGGGAAAUGACGAUAACAACAGAAGUGUAGGAGCCUGCUGACCCAUGGCAUUGCAGAGAAAUCCCAGCUUUCCCUGGAGAAGACAUUCAGAGUGUACAUAAUGAUAUGUUGAUGAUGAUUCUGUAUUCACUGACAUUACUGUGACGGAGGUCCCUUUCCUCGCAGCUGUCUGUCGACCUCAGGUCCAUCUGCUCUUUGGGACAGUCACCAUCAGAGUCUUGCAGCAGAGCUCAUUUUUUUGCUCUCUUGCACUCGAAGUACAUGGUUUCCGCUUUUUGGCUGAGACAGGAUUUAAACACGUGGCAUAUAGAGCAGUUCUGCAUCUUAUUUUUAUUUAACGAGUUGUGAAUGCGUUGCAAUGCUGAUCUCAGCGCAGCCCAAAGCCUCCCCUCCUGCAAGCAGAUCACCUGGCAGGACCUCCCUUCAGGACUGGAGCCAUUCAGUUACACUUCUUUCAGCCAUCUCAUACAUUUGUCUGUACCACGUUGGCAUUAAUUAAUAACAGAAAAAACUGUUAUUGUUUAAACGUUGACCACCAUCUGCAUUGUGUGCUUCCUAAGCUAAGAGGUGCCUGUAGGGCUGUGAGCUCUGCAGGCUCCAUGUCUGCCCGCUCGGAGCAGGGAGGGGAUUCGGUGCGCUCCGAGCACUGCAGCCAUUUGCUUUGCCAUUCCAAAUGUGUUGGGUGAUUUUGCCUUUUUUUUUUUUUUU